GUUUCAGGUAUGUCGGUUGGCAGAUAUAAGACACGCGAAACUAAAGUAAGGGCAAUGGCGCAAGACAGCCGGACGCUAUGUACGCGGUUAUAAUUUCAGUCCUUUUAAUUUUUAUAAGUGUUGGCUUUGGAGGGAAAGAUAAACCGGUAUUCGGUGAUGAAAUCAAUGAAAUAAUGAAUAUUAUUCAUAAUGAAUGUGUUAGUAAAACCAAAGUGGCCGAGGAGGACAUAACAAAUUGCGAAAACGGCAUAUUUAAAGACGACGUCAAAUUGAAGUGCUAUAUGUUUUGCGUGGUAGAGGAAUUGAAUCUUGUGGAUGACAAUAAUGAAGUGGAUUAUGAGAUGUUAAUAAGUUUAUUUCCAGAGCAAUACCAGAAAAGAGCACUAAGUUUGGUUGAAAGUUGCAAGCAUUUGGAUAUGAAAGAAAAGGAAAGUUGUCAAAGGGUUUUCGACAUUCACAAAUGUUCAUACGCUGUGGAUCCAGAUUUUUAUUUCAUAUUUUAGGCACAAAUAUGACAUGGAGGGGGAUGUUAUAACAAAACUUACAAUAUUAUUAAUUGUCAUUGUAUUGUAUAAAAAGGAAAUAUAUAAAAUUUCUGUAA